CCUGAAUGUUCUAACCAGCAAUGCUCACUGCAGUGGUCAUCGGAGAUAAUAACUCCUUUGCCUUGCACGGCAAAAAUGUCUCAUACCUCUUUCAUGCGGAUGAGAGCACUGGUGAUCUAAUAUCCGAUCACUUUGGUGGAAGUGUCACCGGGCCUGUACCCAAAGAUCCGACUCCAACUGUUGAUGGUUGGACAGGGAUGUCAGGUCGCCUGCGCCGCGAGUUCCCUGACCAAGGACGGGGAGACUUUCGGAGCCCUGCAAUUCGUAUCCGCCAGUCCGAAGCUCACACUGUAUCAGCACUGGCGUACCAGUCGUAUACGGUAGUGGAGGGAAAACCUGCAUUGCCAGGCUUGCCGGCAACUUUUGGCGACCGGCAUGACGUUACAACCAUCGUGAUUCAUCUCUACGAUAAGUACAGCCAUAUAGCUGCAGACUUGAUGUACUCUAUCUUCCCUCGGUAUGAUGCUAUUGUGCGGAGCGUUACUGUCACAAACAGGGGCAAAGGGAAUAUCAUACUCGAGGAUCUGGCGAGCCUCAGCGUCGACCUUCCCUUUGAAGAUCUUGAUAUGAUCUAUCUACGCGGUGAAUGGGCAAGAGAAACCCAUAGGCAGAGACGGAAGAUUGACUAUGGAUUACAAGGAUUCAGAAGCAACACGGGCUUUUCAUCUCACUCUCACAAUCCUUUCCUAGCGCUGGCGCCUCCAUCCACUACCGAGUCCCAGGGUGAGGCAUGGGGGUUCUCUCUUGUCUACACCGGUUCUUUUGCGGUCAACGUCGAGAAAUGUUCGCAGGGAAUGACGCGCGUCUUGAUGGGCUUUAACCCUGAUCUACUUUCUUGGUCAUUGGGCCCCAACGAGACCCUAACCUCUCCAGAGUGUGUUUCAGUUUACUCCAGGAACGGGAUCGGGGGGGUUUCCCGCUCACUGCACGGUCUCUACCGCAAUCACCUUGUCAAGAGCAAGUUCAAAAUGGAUAACCGGCCUGUGCUUCUUAACAGUUGGGAGGCCCUUUAUUUCAAUAUCAACAGCAGUAAUGUGUAUCGUCUCGCACAGGAAUCGGCUUCUCUUGGUGUGAAGCUAUUCGUUCUGGAUGACGGGUGGUUUGGAAAGGACUACCCGCGUAUCUCUGACAAGGCCGGUCUGGGUGACUGGGUUCCAAAUCCUACACGAUUCCCUGACGGCCUAGCCGGUCUUGUGAAAAAUAUAACAGCUCUGAAAUCGGAAGUUCUGACGUCGGCCAAGCAUUCUGCUAAUCUACGUUUCGGUAUCUGGAUCGAACCGGAAAUGGUCAAUACCAACUCAACCCUCUACCAAGAGCACCCCGAAUGGGCACUUUCCGCAGAUCAAUAUCCACGCACUGAGCAGCGGAACCAGCUUAUUCUAAACCUCGCGCUAGCAGAAGUUCAGAGUUUUGUCAUCAAAUCUGUCUCGGAGAUCCUUAGCAGUGCAGACAUCACCUAUGUAAAGUGGGAUCAUAACAGAUGUAUGCACGAGACGCCGUCGCCGACAACUCACCAUGCAUAUAUGCUAGGCGUCUAUCGAGUCUUCGAGACUUUGACAACGCGUUUCCCUGAUGUCCUUUGGGAAGGAUGUGCCUCCGGCGGUGGGCGAUUCGAUCCCGGUGUCAUGCAAUACUUUCCACAAAUCUGGACUUCAGACAACACAGACGCGGUAGAUCGGAUAUUUAUCCAAUUUGGCACCUCCCUUGCAUACCCAGCAAGCUCCAUGUGCGGCCAUAUAUCAGCUGUCCCAAAUCAUCAAACGGGGCGUACUGUCCCAAUGGCCUUCCGCGCCCAUGUUGCAAUGAUGUGCGGUUCCUUUGGCUUGGAGCUUAACCCGGCCGAGCUAAGUCCAGAAGAAAAAACCAUGAUACCUGAUUUCAUCGCGCUGUCAGAAAAGGUCAACCCUAUUGUGCUGACUGGGGACAUGUGGCGACUCAAUUUACCAGAGGAGUCGAAUUGGCCGGCUGUGCUGUACAUUUCGAAGAAUGGCUCAGAAGCAGUCUUGUUUCUGUAUCAACUUAGCUCGAAAGUGAACCACGCCCUAUCACGAGUCAAGUUACAGGGUCUCAAUCCUCAACAUAAGUACCUUGUGGAUGGGGAGGGGCCAUACUCGGGUGCGACAUUGAUGAAUAUGGGAUUGCAAUAUCUUUUCAACGCGGAUUAUGCGAGCAAGAUCGUAUUUCUGGAGAAGGAGGCGUCCCACUGA